GUCUUCUGGGUUAUUCUGCGGAUUCACACAUGCUUCUUUGACUUUCGUUCAGUUCCAACUGCACCCGCAAGCUCAGGUGCGUGCACACGGCUGGUUCAACGUAGGCUGCACAGCGCAUGGAGACGGACGCCUGAAUCUAAUCAGCACACCCGCCGCCUUACCCCAUACCUUGGACCUUGGAGUUGCCUCACGCGUUUCUCCGUGAUUCUUGGGCGACACUGGGCACCACAAGAUGGACCGACGCGUGUGGCUGCGUCGGAGAACGUCGCUGUUAAAUGUCCUUUUCAUUUUUCUACACGUAUUAACAACAGGGCGAGCAGUUGAUCCCAUCGACAUGCUGAAGAUUUUGGACCUAUCAGACACAAUGGAGGGCGUUUCCCUGGAGGCGGGUCUCUGCACGAGUAGGCAGGGCAUGGAGGAACCAGACCUAUCCUACAAGAUUGACAAGAAAAUUCAGCUCAGUGUUCCAACCAAUCAGAUUUUCCCAGAUGACGUGUUCCCGGUGGACUUCUCUGUGGUGGCGACGGUGCGCGCGAAGCGUGGCGCCCAGUGCUUCCUGCUGUCGGUGUACGACAGCGAGGGCGUGCAGCAGGUGGGCCUGGAGCUAGGGCGCUCGCCUGUCUUCCUGUACGAGGACCAGCACGGCCAGCCCUCCCCCGACCUCUACCCCAUAUUCAAGAAGGUCAACCUGGCCGACGGAAAAUGGCACAGACUGGCCUACAGUGUGGAGGGUCAAAAGGUCACGCUCUACUUGGACUGCCAGAAGGUCGACACCCUGGACCUGCCCCGGGGUCACGACCCCCGAGUCAGCACGGAUGGGGUCACCGUGUUCGGGACGAGACUUUUGGAUGAGGAAGUGUUUGAGGGCGAGAUCCAGCAGCUUUUGAUCAUCCCUGACCCCAGUGCCGCCGCCGACUACUGCCAGAACUUCAUCCCUGACUGUGACUCCGCCCUCACCUACAACAGCCUAUCACUGGACCCAGAGGAGGUGGAGAAGCCCAAACGGAAGCCCGUGGUGGAGGAGUUUGAGGAGGACUUCUAUCACGGCCUCUAUGACGAGGACAUCCCCGUCUCCUCGGUGACCGUGGGCCCCAACAUCACUGAGUAUGAGAUCAUUGAGUAUGAGGAGUAUGAGAAUGUGACGGACGAGUAUGAGGUGAAGGAGUACGAGGUCUAUGAGGAGUACGACGACCGCUACGGUCCCGCCGAGCGUGAGGGCGAGGAGGUGUGGGACGGUCAGGGAUCUUCACUACCAGAGAAAGGACAGAAGGGAGAACCUGCAUAUCUUGGAGAGGGCACCAUAAUUGAAGGACCCCAUGGCCUCCCAGGACCUGAGGGACCCCCAGGUGAGCCUGGACCCAUGGGACCCAUGGGGCCAAGAGGAGAUCCAGGUGAACUGGGGCCUGCGGGACGACCAGGACUCGCUGGGGCUGAUGGGAUACCGGGGCCUCCGGGUACCAUGCUAAUGUUACCGUUCCAGUUUGGUGGUGAUGCAGCAAAGGGACCAGUGGUUUCAGCCCAGGAGGCUCAAGCCCAGGCUAUCCUCCAGCAGACUAAGCUCUCCAUGAAGGGGCCUCCAGGGCCACUGGGACUGAUGGGCCGCCCAGGGCCACUGGGUUCAACAGGGACAAGUGGGUUUAAAGGAGCAAGUGGAGAUCCUGGACCACCAGGGCCUCGUGGUUUGCCAGGCCCACCAGGGCAAAAUGGGAAGCAAGGGAAGAGAGUGAGUGCAGAAUUUAAAGAGGGCAUUGGUGGUACUGAUGGAAGAGAGGUGAGCCCGGAGGCGGGAUCAAAGGGUGACAGAGGUUUUGAUGGACUACCUGGUCUCCCUGGAAACAAAGGGCAUAGGGGUGAAACUGGGAAGAAAGGUGCAGUGGGGCCACUAGGACUGCCUGGUGAGAAGGGGUCGGAUGGCCAGCCCGGACCGAGAGGACAGCCAGGUGAUAUUGGUCCUCGUGGUAUGCCUGGACCCAGAGGGAAUGCAGGACCUCCAGGACAAGCUGGUAUCGUCGGCAUAGAUGGAGUCCAGGGGUCAAAGGGGAACCUGGGACCCCCUGGAGAACCUGGAGCUCCAGGGCAACAAGGAAACCCUGGAUUUGUGGGUUUCCCAGGCCCCCAGGGGCCUAUCGGACUGCCAGGUGAAAAGGGACCACAAGGGAAAAAAGGAAUGAAGGGACUGCCAGGUAUUGAUGGACCUUCGGGUCACCCAGGACGAGAGGGACCACCUGGAGAGAAAGGACUCCCGGGUCCUUCUGGUGUUCAAGGCCCUGUUGGAUAUCCUGGGGCUCGUGGAGUCAAGGGAGCGGAUGGUCUCAGAGGCCUGAAGGGGAGCAAAGGAGAAAAGGGUGAAGAUGGCUUCCCUGGAGCUAAGGGGGAGAUGGGAACAAAAGGAGACAAUGGGGAUUCUGGAGCCCCAGGGCCCCGUGGUGAGGAUGGUUUGGAGGGCCCCAAGGGUCAGUCUGGUCCCCUGGGAGAGGCAGGAUCUGGUGGCAUGGCCGGAGAGAAGGGGAAACUUGGAGUUCCAGGACUGCCUGGCUACCCAGGAAGACAAGGACCUAAGGGAGCUGAUGGUUUCCCUGGAGCCAUCGGUGUAGCCGGUGAGAAGGGCAAAAAGGGUCCACAAGGGCCACCAGGGAUUGCCGGCCAGAGAGGUGCAAAUGGUGCGCGUGGAGCCAGAGGUGCUAGAGGUCCCACAGGAAAGUCAGGUGCAAAGGGAUCAUCAGGGCAUGAUGGCCCGCCUGGACCGACUGGGGAAAGGGGACCUCAAGGACCUCAAGGAAGAAAUGGGGAGCCAGGGCCAAAGGGACCCAACGGCCCCAGCGGGAAAGACGGUUUGCCAGGUCAUCCAGGCCAGAGGGGGGAGCCGGGUUUCCAAGGAAAGACAGGUCCCCCUGGACCAUCUGGUGUUGUCGGACCACAGGGUAACUCAGGAGAAACUGGGCCAAUGGGAGACCGGGGUCAUCCGGGGUCACCAGGCCCACCUGGAGAGCAGGGUCUCCCUGGAGCAGCUGGCAAAGAAGGAGCCAAGGGUGACCCAGGUCUUCCAGGUACUCCGGGAAAGGCUGGUCCUGCAGGGCUACGAGGCUUCAGAGGCAGCAGAGGUGCCACCGGUGCCAUGGGCCCUGCUGGACUGAAAGGAGGUGAAGGACCCGUCGGAGCCGCUGGCCCAGUGGGUCCCACUGGUGAGAGGGGCCCCCCGGGUAGAGUGGGUGCGAUUGGCCAGCCUGGACGCACGGGCCCCAUUGGUGGACCCGGACCAGCAGGAGAGAAGGGAGAGCCGGGAGAGAAAGGUCUGAUUGGACCGGCAGGGCAGGACGGAGAUCAGGGACCCGCGGGGCCCCCUGGAGUGUCUGGACCUGCGGGACCACCCGGAGAGGACGGAGAUAAGGGAGAGGUUGGAGGACCAGGCCAAAAGGGAAGCAAAGGGGACAAAGGAGAAGGGGGACCUCCGGGAGCUCCUGGCAUUCAGGGUCCUGUCGGACAGCCAGGACUACCGGGUGUGGACGGAACAGCAGGGCUUCCGGGACAGAUGGGCAUGAGAGGACAGAAGGGUGACGAGGGACUCCGGGGCUUCAAGGGAUCCACAGGGCCUGGGGGACUCCAGGGGAUGCCAGGACCACCGGGGGAGAAGGGCGACAGUGGCCACGCAGGGUUAGCGGGUCCACCAGGGCAGAUGGGACCAAGAGGGCCUGUAGGACCCAGUGGGGGACAGGGACCACCUGGGAGACCAGGAAUCAUUGGAACAUCAGGUGCUGUUGGUGAGAAGGGAGAAGAUGGCGAGGCUGGUGACCCAGGCUCUGUUGGUGUUCCGGGCGGUCAAGGAGACAAGGGGGAUCAGGGGGAGAAGGGCGACACGGGGCUGCCGGGAGCGGCUGGACCUCCAGGAGGCCGCGGAACAGCGGGGGAGGAUGGAGCCAAAGGGAACUCGGGUCCUAUUGGGUUUCCAGGUGACCAGGGAGCGCCCGGAGAACCCGGGAUUAAUGGUGUAGACGGCUCAGUAGGAUCUAAGGGUGACAAUGGGGACCCAGGCAAAGCUGGACCUCCAGGGGCUUCAGGAGAACCAGGUCCACCUGGGAGACCAGGCCGAAGGGGUCACCUGGGUCCAGUUGGAAAAGAGGGCAAACCAGGCAUGAAAGGCGAAAAGGGAGCGCCGGGAUAUGAGGGGCUUCUUGGGAAGACCGGUCCAGUGGGUGGACAGGGGAAUCCUGGGAAACCUGGACCACAGGGCCUCCGGGGCAUCCCUGGGCCAGCGGGAGAACAAGGCUUGAAUGGACCGCCCGGCCAGACAGGACCUCCUGGACCUAUGGGUCCACCAGGACUACCGGGGUUGAAAGGAGACCCAGGAAAGAAAGGAGAAAAGGGCCACGGUGGUCUUAUCGGCCUGAUCGGACCUCCUGGCGAGGCCGGAGAGAAGGGAGACAGAGGGUUGCCUGGCAACCAAGGAGCACAAGGAGCCAAAGGAGAGGAGGGUCCCCUUGGUCCUCCAGGCCUCAAUGGACCACCUGGUCCUCCAGGUCUCGCGGGAGCUACAGGCCAGCAAGGAUCCAAAGGCAAUCAGGGACCUAUUGGCCCCCGAGGUGACCCAGGCCCUGCUGGACCCCCUGGACCUCCAGGCCUGCCAGCAUUGAGCAGCCGUUCUCUGCCGUACCAGGGCGACGGAACCGGAACUGGCCGCCGGCGUCGCCACCCCACCACUGUGGACGGUGCCGCCAUGGAGGACGACUCGGUGACGCUCGUCCGCGACGCAGAUGAGGAAGAGGAGGAAGUGGACGAGGAGGGCAUCUUCCUCAGCGACCAGCCGGCGGCAGCAGAGGGUGGCGAGGGCCAGGACAUGGAGGAGGUGUUCGCCUCGCUGUCGUCCAUGCGUGUGGAGGUGGAGAGCAUGCGCACGCCGCUGGGCACGUUCGACAGUCCCGCGCGCACCUGCAAGGAGCUCUGGUACUGCCACCCUGAGUACAAGGACGGUGAAUACUGGAUUGACCCGAACCAGGGUUGCCAUAGAGAUGCCUUCAAGGUGUUCUGCAACUUCACGGCAGAGGGAGACACGUGUUUGGACCCGGACAGCAAGUUCCAGUCGGUUAAACUGGCUGCAUGGAACAAGGAGAAGCCUGGCACUUGGUACAGUCAGUUCAAGAAAGGCUCCAAGUUUGUGUACACGGACGUGAGUGGGCAGCCGGUGCAUGUGGUGCAGCUGAACUUCUUGAAGCUGCUGAGUGCCACAGCCCACCAGACCUUCACCUACGUGUGCCAGAACUCGGCCGGCUGGUACGAUAGCGCCUCCGGGGGGUACGGUCAUGCACUGCGCUUCAGGGGGAGCGGAGGCGAGGAGCUCACCCACGAGAACUCGCAGUUCAUCCAGCCACUCCGGGACGGCUGUCAGUCACGCGUUGGGCAGGAGAGGACUGUGCUAGAGUUUGAUUCGCCGGACUCCGAGAUGUUUCCCAUCAUGGACGUGGUCGUGUCGGACUUCGGCAACAGCAAGCAGAAGUUUGGCUUUGAGCUGGGACGCGUUUGCUUCAACGGCUAGCGCCCCCUGCAGUCUGGGUGUACUCACUGCAGUCGAGAGGGAAGGGACUUUGAUGAGUGCCACUGCUUGUGUCUGAGUUAAGACAUACACAAGCCAGCGGAGGGCGCCACGGUUUAUUGUGUCACAAACGGAAAACAUUCUCUCCUGAGGUCAGGUGACCAUGAAGCAGCCAAUGGGAGGUCACAGCAGUCUCUGCCAGGACUCAGGCAAAUAAAAAAGAACACUUUGGGCCAGUUUCUUGGACAUCGAUUAAUCAUAAGUCCUAGAACCAAAAGCUCUUCUCCAGUGAAGGGCUUCCUCGUAUAGCGGUCUUUUAGAUAAGGACUAGACUAAAGGGUCGUUCACAUCAGGAAUGAUAACUAUAACAACAACAAUAACAACAAAAGCGUCCACACUGACCAAGCGUCCACACUGACCAUCUCUCCUCAUGGUGAUGAAUGUAAUGGCUAAAAUGUUAUGUAUUCUGUUUGGCUGUCAGCUUUUUAUCGUUCUCAAAAUUGCUCUGACAGUGAUCCCCAACGAUAUUGUUCUUUAUGUCGUUAUUGUAUGUGUGGACGUCGUCAUCCAAAUUAGGACGAUAUUGUUUUGACGUUAUCGUUAUCAUUAUAGCUACCGUUCUUGUUGUGAACAGCCUUGUAAUCCAUGUCUGGGAAACCGGCCCUUUUUAUAUAUUUAUGCACUCACUCAAACUGACACAACACACAUGCAUUCAAUCAAAGACUCAGCUGAUUUUUAUUCAUUACUCGCCGACUCAACUUUAGUACACAUCUGUCGAUUACAGUCAAACUGAAACCCAAUGACUUCCUCUUCCACGCUUCUUCAUGAACUCACUCAUUCAAACUGAACCUGCAACCUUGUACAAAUAACCAGUCCAGUUAUAUGACUAGUGCAAUGACAUCCGCUUUCACACUUCGGUCCUGUAUAUUAUACAGAAAAGGACAGACACGCUCACUGACCUCGCCACUUCACCUCUGCACCUUUGGUCCACUGCUACCAACUGAACACAGUACAUUACACAAAUGUCCGAUCCAGUCUGUCUCACAGAAACCUAUAUGUUUACUGAAAUCCUUCAUACAGCAUGUAAACCUCAUUUUCAUUUUCAUAAUUUUAUUAUUUGUUUAUUAUAUGUUUUUUUUAUUAUUAUUAUUGUUUCAUUUCUUGUUUUGUAUUAAUUGUUUGAAUGUUACGUAAUGGUGCUACACAACCCCACAUAGCUGUUUACAUUCUCAAGGGUUUCUUGUUUUUGUUUUUGUUUUGUUUCAUUUGUUAAUUUUGUCUUUUUGUGUUUGUUUCAUCUUUGUUUGCAAUCAGGCCGUGCAUUCUGGGUAAAAAAGUACAUCGAUAUCAGAGGAGAAAAGUGUCAUAUUUGACACCCAAGUUUUCUGUCUCGUCUUUACCUGUGAUCUGUCAGGAAGCCCCGCCCUUUUGCACAUCAAUCACAGCUCAGUAGCCAAUCAGACAUCAGGAUGAGCUGGAAGGUGCGCAUCAUGGUAAGCGCCACCUUUACUCAGAGGCGAGUGGCAGCCAUUUUGGACAGCAUUUUCAUAACAGAGUAUAUAUCUGAUGCCUCAGCGACAUUUUAUGCAUAUUUGUGGGAUGUCAAAAAAGAUUUAAGAAUAAAAUAUUCUUUGAUAAAUUACAAA